AAUAUUAUUAUUAUUAUGUACUACUAUGUAUAUAUCAAUAGGCUGUUUUAUUUAGAAUUGAAAUGUUUCAAAAAUUUUCAUUUAUAUUCUUAUUAUUAACAGUCUAUUUCAUUAUACAAUUUAAACAAAGAAAACAACAGAAACUUAGAAGUAUGGAAAUUAUUGGACCACCUUUUUAAAAACAUUAUGAUUAUGAAUAUUAUUUAAAGGAAACAAAAUAAAACGAUAUUAAUUUCAUUUAUUUAUAUAACAAUUAAAACUUUAUCAUAUUUGUUUUGUGUAUAAACAAUUUGUGAAUGAAUAGUUUCUUAUCAAUUGUCAUGUUAACAUAAUUUAAUAUAUUUUUUAAUUUAUUCAUCAUAUGAAUCCGGAUACUGUAUUAAGAAUUGGUAAAGUAUUUGAAACUCCAUAUGGAGGUGAUGGAGUUGAUUUUGUGGAUCAAUUAAAUUAUCAAUUUACUGGUGGAUUGUUGAUUAUUUUUAUAGCUGUUAUUGGAGUAAGACAAUAUGUUGGUAAACCCAUUCAAUGUUGGGUGCCACAAGAGUUCACACAUUCUUGGGAAGAAUAUGCAGAAAAUCUCUGUUGGGUACAGAAUACAUAUUUCCUUCAUCCAAGUGAUCAAGUCCCUGAAGAUGACUAUGAAUUGACAAAGGUCAGGUAUAUAGGCUACUAUCAGUGGAUAGCAAUAGUAUUAGCUGGACAAGCGAUGUUAUGUUGGGUACCUCAAAUAUUAUGGCGAGUUGGAUCAAAACGAUUACCCGUUUUACUGCGAUCAGCUAAAGAGGCAUCGGUACCAGACAGAGAACUUAGACAAAAAGCUAUUUCAUGUUUAGUAGCUACAUUAGAAGAGCAAGCUGAAUCAACUGCAAGACAUAGACGAGCAACAAGUACAAUUAAACGAAUAUUAUGUAGUUUUCGACCAAAUACGCGUAUAACUUUUCUGUUUUUUAUAGUUCGUAUUUGUUUUAUCGGUAAUUCAGUUGGCCAAAUUUACCUCAUGAAAAAAUUUAUUGGGACCAAUAGUACAAUGUUUGGUAUGGAUGUUUUAAAUGAUUUAAUUACCGGCCAAGAAUGGGAAACUUCAGGUAAAUUUCCACGUGUGACAUUUUGCACGGUUCGUGUCAGGAAAAUGGGACAAAUAAAGCCUGCAAGCUAUACUCUUCAAUGUGUAUUGCCAAUUAAUUAUUUUGUGGAAAAAGUAUACGUUUUUCUAUGGUUCUGGUUUGUGAUUCUUUCAAUUGUCACCAUAUUAAGUACACUUCAAUGGGCUUUCAACACACUUGUACCAGUUAGACGAAUAGCUUAUAUAAAACAAUAUAUUCGAGCUAUUCGACAACUUUCCAAUACUGAAGAAAGAGAUUGUACACGAUUUGUAAAUUAUAAUCUUGGUCCAGAUGGUGUACUAAUAUUACAAGUUGUUUCUAGGGUUUCUAGUGAUUUAAUUGCAUUGGAUGUAACAGCAACAUUAUGGAGUAAUUAUAGACAUGCUAAAAUUACUGGCACUGAAGAAGAUAUCAAUAGAUUUUUGGAAAAUGUUAAUCGAGGAACAAAUGCCGUAUAGUAAUAGCCAGGUCGGGUAAUAAAAAAAUCAAUUAAAAUAUUAUUCUUAUUAUCAUUUCAAUCAAUAACAUGAAUAUAGUAAAUUUAUCCCAAUCCCUACUUUUAUAUCCCACACCGCUAAUAUGAAUACAUGUUACCCGACCAAUAAACUUUAAUAAAUCCAUUAGAAACGCUCAAACAAUUCCAAUUAUUCAAAAAACAACAAACUUUACAAAUAAUAUAUCAGAGAAAUUUCACAGAAGAGUGUUCGAAUAUACAGCUAUACCCACAUACACACACACACAUGGACACAUAGAUGUGAUUUGUUUACACGCCUUACUCUUCAAUAUAUAUAUAUAUAUAUAUAUAUAUAUAUAUAUAUAUAUAUAUAUAUAUAUAUAUAUUGCAUAUAAUCGUUCUGUGAGACAAUUAUUCUAGGUUAUGUUUAC